CUCCCCCGUCAGGAUUUGGGGCGGGCCACUGUCGCUUCAACGAUUACUAGCAGGCGACUCGGAGGUGUUUAACAGUGGUUGACAAAAAUGGAACAUUCGCGGGAUAUUCAAACUUUCAAUCGGAACAAUAAAGCCAGAGCGACCGUAUCUGGCUGUUCUUCGCUCGCUAUGGAAAUCAAAAGGAAAAAAAUUCGGGAGAGCGCCUUGUUUGUGCAACAAGAGGAAUGCCAUAUACAGGAGAAAAUAGACUUUGAGAUCAGAAUGCGAGAGGGGGCAUUAAAACUCCUUGCUGCCAGUAGUCAAAGAGAGCAGAUUUUAAAUGCUUCUAAAAAUGUAAUGACCAGCAACACGCGCAUUCUUGCCUAUAUGACUGAUCUACAAAGAAAAAAAGAAUCACAGAUUACAAACAGCCUAAUGAGAAGGUCAUCAGAUGUAGCUAUCAAAGAGCGUACAGCAUGCAAAGGAAAAGUUGCAAUAUCAGAUAUUCGAAUACCUUUAAUGUGGAAGGAUUCGGAUCACUUUAACAGCAAAGCAUGCUGUCCACGUGUUGCAACCUUUUGCAUGAUGAAAAUUGGAUCAGAAAUUUUUGAUACUGAAAUGGUGGUUGUAGAUAAAACUGUUACCGACAUAUGUUUUGACAAUUUAAUGUUGUUCAGUGAAGCAGGGCCUAAUUUUGAGCUAACAUUACAGCUAUAUAGCUGCUGUUUGGAAGAGGAGCCCAUGGGUGUUAAUACUCCAAAAAAACUGGCUAGGAAGCUUGGAUCCUCAAUCGGGAAGGCAUCUGGAAGGAAAAUGUGCUUACUUUUGGAGGGAAGGGAAAGUGAAGAUUUCCUACAGUCCAGUAUUGAAAAAAGUGCAAAAUACAGCUUGCUUGCAGAUACAACUUUGUCUCUUGAACAUGCUGAAGGAAGCUUCCAGUCACAUCCUCUGAAAAUUACAGGCCAUGAAGAUGCUUCUUUCUGGUUACCUCUAUAUGGAAAUGUUUGCUGUCGCCUGGUUGCUCAGCCAGCAUGCAUGACCCAGGAUAUGAUGAGCGGUUUCUUGAAUCAGCAGCAAACAAUUGCAGGUGUCAUCAGCUGCAGCAGACUUUAUUGUGUUCUCAGAGGAGGUAGCUUGUUCUGUUACUACACCCCCGAAGAAAUUGCAGCUAAAGUCGAACCAGCCUUAAUUAUUCCAGUAAAUAAGGAUACAAGGAUUCGCGCUGUGGACAAAGACCAGAAGAAAAGGACUAGCAGUUUCACCAUUAUUAACCGUAUUGCAGGGCAGGCCAUGGUGAAUGUAUUUGUUGCAGAUUCUAGAGAAGACCUUCAAAAAUGGAUGGAAGCUUUUUGGCAACAUUUUUAUGAUCUUAGCCAGUGGAAACAUUGCUGUGAGGAGCUUAUGAAGAUUGAGAUAAUGUCUCCAAAAAAACCUCCUUUGUUUCUCACAAAACAAGCAGCUUCCGUGUACCAUGAUUUAAGCAUUGAUUCUCCUUUGAAGGUGGAAGGAUUGACAGAUAUUAUCCAUAACAAAAUAGAAGAGACAAAUGGACAGUUUCUGCUGAAACAAGUGAAGGAUGCAGAUUUGCCUCCCUGGGGUGCCUUAUUUGAAGGCACUCAUACAAUGGUUGUCCAAAAAAGCAUUUUAUCUCCAAGCAAAAGCUGUGAGAACCUCUCUACUGAUGCCACCAAAAAGAGAAGAGCUCCUCCACCACCACCGCCUAACAAGCUUGUAUACACUACUGAAAAUGGUGAAAGCAACCGGCUAAAUAAAGAAAAUGCUUGGAAAAAAACUGAGGCACAAGUUAAAGCCUCAUCUUUUGACAGUAAAUUUUCAGCAAUUAUGCAGCAAUUCCAGAAACCCCUAAUUCCCCCUCGGAAAAAUAAUCAGAAUCACAGAGUUAUCUCUGGUGAUGAGCAGGAAACACUAGAGAAUGAAUACACAGGGAAACUUAACAGGCCCGUUCCUGCUCCAAGGCUGAAGCAUAAAUCAUUCAAGGAAAAGAUCAAUCCCAGAAGCUGGUUACCGGUUCAAGAUUAAUGCCAGUUUAUUUGGUGAAUUUAAACUGCACAUGUGACAUGAUUCUGUUCACAAUUUGAGCCAUAAUUGUCUUAGAAAUCGGAGAAAAAAAUGUGAUGUAUUUUAUGUGACUUUUUUAAUGUCCUGUCAUUAAAAGAAGCUGGAAGUUUUCCAGAAAUAACCAUUGACAUUCAUCUUUUAAUGUGUUAAAUAUUUUGUAUACAUCUUUUUUUAUGAAUUUUGCACAGUUUUUUUAAUAAUAUAAACAUUACAACCACUAGUAUAACAUGAUUAUUUGUGUAGCUAUAACAUAUAACAUAAAUCAUGUGAAUAAAGGUUUGUUUUUAAGAGGACAUUUAUUUUAUGCAAAAUGUCUGUCACAGAAGUAGUUUUUUUCCGUUAAUUAGUGAAUUUUCCCUACAAAAUGCAGUUUACAUUUGUAAUGUUUAGAAUACGGUACAUUUAUUUUUUUAUACUUUUAUAAUGAUAGUUAUUAUCCUUAAGUAGAGCUGUUGCUCUGUACUCAUUUACACUAACUGAAACAAUUUUUAGUUAUUUUUUAAACCAGAAUAGUUACUAGGAUUUUUUUUUUGCUUCAUGCUGUAUGGUAAUUUAAAACAGUUUAUUCUGGGAACAGCUUUUAGAAUUUCCUGGAUGUAAAGUUCUGCUAAAUACUGAAUGCUGGAAUUAAUCUCUGUAAUUGUCUCAACUCUUGUUUUAACAUGAUACAUCUGGCUCUUGCUCUGGAAUUGUUUUUACUGGCUUUGCACUUUUGUGGUUUUCCUGUGGUCCUCCAGAAUAAAUACUUUUAGUAUGCCUUCA